UAUACUUUUAACUUAUAUGAUUAUUAUGUAAACAUACAUAUGUAAAGGUCAUGUUAGUUGAACUGAAUAGUUUCAGAUGAUAUAUGAUAUAGGUCACGUUGAGAGCUCUGGUAUUUAAGAAUAUAGUGUUACAAAAUAAAUUUAGAUUAUUUCCUCAUUUGUCACAGUUUCCUAUGAUGAAGCUUGAAAGAUUUUAAUAAGUAGGUGAACUUUAAUAUUUUGCCUCUAAAUUCACAGUUAAAAAUUUUAUUUAGAUUUGAUUAGUUAGUUGUACUCAGCCUUAUACAUAAAUAGUUCAAUCCUAGAACUCUUUAAGAGAUAGAGUCGAAGAACAUGUACAAAUUUAUAGCACAGUGCAAGCUACUGGAUCAUGUGAAGUUGGAAGUGAAAGAGUUAAUUAGGGUGGAUAUGGCUACAAUAUAAGUGCUAACCUAAACCGUGACGCAGUGUUAUGUAAUCUCGCCAGCCAGAAUGUGGCCUUAUAUGGAGAUGAAACGGAACCACGUAACUUUCCAAUUGUGUCAGCUGACAUAUCACACCCACAGAGUACCAUGUCACAUAUGAGUUCUACAGAAUCUUACCUACACCUGAAUGGGCACUCCAGCCAUGGGCACACUGGCCACAACUCACAUAUACAACCAUACGAAAAUCCUGUGGAUUUAUCACGACGCCAUAUUAAAGUAGAAAAUGUGGGAUAUUCACAACAUAAUGGAGGGAUGACAUCUUCGGUGCAAGUAGGAAUCCCUGAACAACCACAUGAACCUGUUGCACAUCUCAUACCAGGGUCCCUCACCCCUCCAGACAAGAUCAAUGGGGACAUGGUUACCAUGGCAACCACUAGCCCUCUCAGUAUUUCUACCAUGGCAACCUCCAUACAGACCCCACCAAGCCCUAUACCCACACCCUCACCACCUGGGGGACACGACCCAAGACAUUAUAACGGCACAUUUAUAGACCAGAGAUUAACCCGUGAAGCUAUGAGGAAGUACCUACGGGACAGAGGUGACCAGAUUUUAGUGAUUUUACAUGCAAAAGUUGCACAAAAAUCUUAUGGAAAUGAAAAAAGAUUUUUUUGUCCCCCACCCUGUAUAUAUUUAUUUGGAAAUGGUUGGAAGAGGAAAAAAGAAAGCAUGGACAGAGAGGGCGCUAGUGAGAGUGAUGGUGUUGUUUGCGCAUUCAUGGGAAUCGGCAAUUCCGACCAAGAAAUGGUUCAACUGAACUUAGAGGGAAAAAAUUACUGUGCUGCCAAAACAUUAUACAUAUCGGACUCUGAUAAAAGAAAACAUUUUAUGCUAUCUGUCAAAAUGUUCUAUGGCAAUGGACAAGAUAUUGGUGUAUUUGCCGGAAAAAGAAUUAAAGUGAUAUCAAAACCAUCAAAAAAGAAACAGUCAUUAAAAAAUGCAGAUCUAUGUAUAGCAAGUGGCACUAAGGUGGCUCUGUUCAAUAGGCUGCGGUCACAGACAGUUAGCACACGGUACCUCCAUGUUGAUGGAGGAAACUUUCAUGCCAGUUCUACACAAUGGGGGGCUUUCACGAUACACCUAUUGGAUGACAACGAGAGUGAAAGCGAAGAGUUUACUGUAAGAGAUGGCUACAUCCACUAUGGUUCUACUGUCAAACUGGUCUGUUCUGUUACGGGAAUGACUCUGCCUAGACUAAUUAUUCGUAAGGUAGAUAAACAGACUGCUCUGCUAGAUGCAGAUGACCCCGUCUCUCAACUACACAAAUGUGCCUUCUUCAUGAAAGAUACUGAACGUAUGUACCUCUGCCUAUCUCAGGAAAGAAUCAUCCAAUUUCAGGCAACCCCAUGCCCAAAGGAGCCAAAUAAAGAAAUGAUCAAUGAUGGUGCGUCAUGGACAAUAAUCAGUACAGAUAAAGCUGAAUACACAUUUUAUGAGGGUAUGGGUCCUGUAAAAGCACCAGUUACACCUGUGCCAGUGGUACACAGUCUACAUUUGAAUGGUGGAGGAGACGUUGCAAUGUUGGAAUUGACAGGAGAGAAUUUCACGCCAAACAUGAAAGUCUGGUUUGGUGAAGUAGAAGCUGAAACUAUGUAUAGGUGUGAAGAAAGCAUGUUGUGUGUGGUGCCAGACAUAUCUGCAUUCAGAGCUGGCUGGAAGUGGGUCAGGCAACCCUUACAGGUGCCUGUGUGUUUAGUACGUAGUGAUGGUAUUAUAUAUGCAACCGGACUAACUUUUACAUAUACACCUGAGCCAGGUCCUCGGCCAUCGUGCCCUGAAGCACAUAGACUCGUUCAAGGAGAUAAUCCGCCACGUCCUUUAGACACUACAGAAAAUGCACCAUUUGUGUAGCAAUGUAAAAUAAAUAAGGAUCGUGGCAAUAAUGUGUUUAUAUGGCUGGCAAUAUGUUAUAGCAGGUAUGGCUAGAGAUAGGAGAGAGCCUUCAUAUAUACCUGGCAAUGACAGGAAUUUAAGGCAAGCAAUAUGGCCUGGUGAUGAUAUAUGUAUGCAAGGCCUGACAAUGGAGCAUUGAUUUGCCAAUGGGGAAAAUGCUUAGUGUCAGGAAAGAUAGUGAAUUACUCUGUAGAAGGGUUAUGUUCAGCUGGAGCAUCAGUCAUUCAUGUUCUAAAUGGACCCAUUUAAAAACAAGGCAGCCCUGUGGACUGUUUAAAGCUUAGAAACCAUGUGGUCCAAUGAACUGUUUGAACUUGAAACCAGAAGGCCCCAUGGACUAUGAACUUAGGAAACCAGGUGGACUGUUUGAACUUUGGAAACCAGGCAGCCCUGUUGGCUCUGGUCUGUUAGGUGAGAAAGGGCCAGCAAACUUU